AUGCCAAAGGAUCCAACUCCCCACCAGGUGUCCAAGGGGUUAACAUAUGUACACAAAGAACCUCCUUUUCUGGCGAGAAUGAAGGGAAGACAGGAAGAGAAAGAGCAGGCGAUGAAGAAGUUUCUGGAUUACGAAGAUGGUGAUGAUGAUGCAGAUUAUGAUGAAUUAGACGGUGCUCAAGUCGUGACAUUUGAUGACAGCGGAAAAGAGGUUCACAAGGACGCUUCAGAUUAUGAAGAAGAAGGAGAAAAGGACGAAAAGAAAGAAAAGGCUGCUGUUGAUGAGACUGGCAGAGUAUUGUUCUGUGCUCGCAAGAAGAAGCCAGUCAAGAGUACGGAUAAGGACAGCAAGGAUAAGGUCAAACGAAAGGCAGAGGACAAAGACACUGAAGAGGAUAAGACAAAAUCCCAAAAGAAACAAAAGAAGCAAAAGAAGGCGAUCAUUGCCUUAUCCUUUCAAGAGGACGAAUAG